AUGGCUGGAAGGAACGAUGCUGCAAUUGCUGCUGCUUUGGAAGCAAUGGCUCAUGCUUUGCUGAAUCAGCCGAACACCGACGAGAAUACGGGAUCUCAAAGCUUGACGACUUUCCAAAGGGAGAAUCCGCCUACCUUCAAGGUCGAGGCUGAUGAUUGGUGGCUAGAGACUCGUCAGAGAUUGGAAACUACAGGUGAAGCAAUCACUUGGGUCGUGUUCCGUAGGGAAUUCAUGAGAAAAUAUUAUCCUGAAGAUGUUCGGGGAAAGAAAGAAAUUGAUUUUCUCGAACUGAAGCAGGGAAAUAAGUCGGUUAUUGAGUAUGCCGCGAAGUUUCUUGAGCUGGAAAAAUUUUAUCCGCUCUAUAGCGAGGCGACUGUUGAAUUUUCAAAGUGCAUCAAUCGUCGGACCUAUGAGGAGGAUAAUAAUGCUCAUUACAAGAUUGUCAAUGAAAGGAGGGGUAAGCACCAACAGAAUUGUGGCAAGCCAUAUGAUGCUCCAGCUGGGAAAGGCAAACAGAAAGUUGUUGAUGGUAAGAGAACUAGUGGGGGAGAUGCUGCUGCUGGCGUGGUUUGUUUCAAAUAUGGGAAACCUGGUCAUAAGAGUACUAUGUGUACUGCUGAGGUGAAGAGGUGCUUCUGUUGUGGUAAGACCGGGCAUGCAAUAUCUGAGUGCAAGCAUAAAGAGAUGGUUUGUUUCAACUGUGGUGAAGAGGGACACAUUAGUAGUCAGUAUCAGAAACCGAAGCAGGCACAAGCUGGUGGGAAGGUGUUCGCUUUGGCUGGGACUCAGACAGCUAAUGAGGACAGACUUAUCAGAGAUACAUGUUUCAUUAAUAGUACUCCUUUAAUCACUAUUAUUGAUAUUAGUGCUACUCAUUGCUUUAUUGAUGUUGAUUGUGUUGAAAGAUUUAGUCUUAUGUUGUCUUCUAUGAAUGGAGAAAUGGGCGUUGAUACUCCAGCUAAGGGAUCGGUGACUACUUCUCUUGUGUGCUUAAAGUGUCCUUUGUCAAUCUUCAACAGAGGCUUUAUGGUUGAUUAUGUUUGUUUGCCAUUAAGUGGGUUGGAUGUGAUCUUAGGUAUGAACUGGUUAGAGUAUAACCAUGUUCAUAUUAAUUGUUAUGAUAAGUCGGUGAGGUUUUCCACUCCGGAAGAGGAGGGAGUUAAUUUGUUGACUGCUAAAUAG